UUGAAUGUGCGCCAGCUUCACCUAUACGACGAUCGAAUCGAUAUGCAAUACCCUCAAUAAGAGCAACAGGUAUCAUACGAUAAUGUUUCCUGAAUUAGCCGUUGCUGAAUUAGGUUCAUGUGCCAGUCUUCGGGCCUUAACUGCAACUGUUGCAUUGAACACGUUUCCUGUAAGAUGAAUUCGAGCGUACGUCGUUAACACCAACGUUCUCCUACCUCCUCCGCCUCAUCAUUACCGUCCUCACGUCAAUAAUGGAAGCAAUGAAUUGUGCUGCGUGCGCUCGUGUCUCUCCUAUCUCCCAUUGUCGCUGCGGCCUGUUUGAGGUUCGGCGUCCGUCCGUUCGUUCGAUGUGUGUUCGUUCGGAGUGUUGUGUUGUGCGGUGCGAAGACCUUCGCCUGUGCUUUUUGUUGAUUUGGUCGUCGCCAUCGCCGCCGUUGCCGUCGUCGUCGUGGUCGUGGUCCGCUCUGCCGCGUCCGGGGUCUUCAGCUCCGCCUUCUGGAGGUUGAGGCUCCGCCUCUCCCCUCACCCUCUCUGUGGUCGACGCCAGCAGGGUGGCACUGUGGCAGGGCCGAUAUCUCGAGCGGGCAGACUUCUCAACGACCAGAAGGCCAAGCGCUUGCUCGAGGUCGAUACGUGCAUGCGUUCUUUGAUUCUGCCGGUGAUCGCAAAUUUGACGUUGUGCGUGAGUUUUCGAUCGAGUUAACGGGGAGACAGCGUUGCGGUGCUCAUGAGAUGUCAAAAGAAGAGCUAGGGACUAAAGAAGCCCUGCAUAACCUCUCCCGUUCAGACCGUUCAAGUGACAUAAUCGAACUGACCCCACCUGACUACCCAGAGAUUCGACGGUAGUUCUGGCUAGUCGCAACGCUUGUCGUUUCCGUUAGUCUCCGCGGCAACAGCGAAGACAGAGGAACAUCGUUGCCGCAUUUGUGUUUUGACAACGGAAGAACGCUGUACAACUAGGGCAAUUUGUUUCGUCGCGCAUAGUGUGAGCCGUAUUCGGCUUUGGUGUUAUUGGCACACGUGCUUGUGAGAGGGCUGCUUGACCACCAUGAUGAUGCAACGCAGUUUUGCGGCCUCUGUUCUCUGGAUUUUAACGAUCCUCGUUUUUAACACAAUGGCGUGGUCAUUCUCAAAUCAACUUCUCGCUAUUACAAAGGGUAACUUGGCGCUAAUAAAUUCAGUACAGGCGGGUGUAGAAAUAGGCUAUGAAGAAUGCCAGUCGCAGUUCAAAUGGGACUUGUGGAAUUGUCCAAAGGAAGCUUUUGACGUCUUCGAUCGUCCUGGCAGCCGCGCUGCAACUCGAGAAAAGGCUUUUGUGCACGCCAUUAUCAGCGCUGGUAUUACGUAUACGCUAACGCGGAAUUGUUCUUUAGGCCAUUUUGACAAUUGUAUGUGUGACCAGACCCGCAAAGCAACCAACGCAUUUUUAUUAGAUAACCGAUGGACCUGGGGUGGAUGUUCGGACAAUAUCAAGUUCGGCGAGAAGCAAGCCAAGGAGUUCUUCGACAAGCGGGAACCGGCAACCGAUACGGGAGCAAUUAACCUGCAUAAUAAUCGCGUGGGACGAUGGGCUGUCAAGAGGACAAUGCGGAGGAUGUGCAAAUGCCACGGCGUGUCCGGUUCCUGCGCGGUCAGCACGUGCUGGAUGCGACUGGGCGACAUGCACACAGUUGGAAAUCGGCUACGGAAGGCGUACGAAAGGGCGCAGCUGUUGGAGUACAAUGGCGGCACAACGCUUGGCAUAUACGAGCGAGACUCAGAGAACGACGGUCUGAUUCGAAGGCGGAGGCUUCCAUUUAAAAAGGGCACGCUGAUUUAUUCCUUCGAUUCGACCAACUACUGCAACGGCACGAUUAGUACCCUUGGCAGGGAAUGCUCCCAGCGGUCCGGCGUUGGCGUAACAAAGAACGAGGCUGAAUCAUGUAAUCGGCUCUGCCACGACUGCGGCCUCGAUAUUCGCCGAGAGCGAAAAACCCAGAACAAUACGUGUAAAUGCAGAUUCAUCUGGUGCUGCAAGGUCGAAUGUCAGUCGUGCAGCCAAGAGGUGGAGCGCACGUUCUGCGCUUAAAGCCACCACAGCACACUAGGAAGAUAUCAUGGCGACCGCAAGAACAAUAACAGAAAAACAUGAGUCAAAAAAGAUGGAGAACAUGUGUCCUUCUAGCGAGGGCUGAUUCGCCCUUGCUCCCGACGUCUCACCGAGGGUUGGGCGGAACGCACCUUAAGAAACCGAUCUAAACUUGGCCAGACACUCACUAGUGGAGCCUGCCCUCGUAUUAGCAUUGGCAUGUAAUAUAGGGUAUAUAAAAAUCAAUGUGACAAACAACAUGACGACGUCAACAGAACAACAACAACAACAAAGAUCAUUUGUGUGAAAGUGAGAACGGGACAGGCUGAGAGAUGUAUUAUAGGUUAGUGGACCUAAAAGAGAAACGGUCGAAAUAUAAGUGAAGAAACCGGUACCAUAAUUAUAAUAACUGCGAUAAUAAUAAUAAUAAUAUCGAGAAGAAUGACAGCGUUAAGUGAUGAGAGUUUGAAGGUUAUCGUUAUCAUCACCAACGUGAAAGGAUCGAUGAUCAAAGCCCAUACGAUACAUUAUUUAGGUGAUUAUAGAGACCGAUGACGUGCGCCAUAGUGGUUGCGUUUGUAGUAGCCAAUUUUAUUAUAGAUAUACAUGUAAAUAGGAUCUUGUGACACUGUAUUUAUAAAUCGUAAAUAAGUGAUGCGGCAGCCGUGUUGUCAUGGCCAGUUGCCAGUGAGAGUAUAAUACCGUCUUGUAUAUAUUAUAUAAUAAUAGUACACAGCUAGGGAGAGGGAAAAAGAAAUAAGGCUAGCAAAGCAGACAAGGGGCCUUAAAACGCAUUAGAAUGGCUUGAAAUGUACAUCAGCUUGGAAGUGAGGAAGGACAAGCAUAGACAACAAGAUAAAUAACAUGCAAAAGGCGACGGUGAACACGACUGGUAUCCUGCACUACAGUGAUAUCCAUUAAGAAACGUUGAAAGUUACUGUCGAUGGGCAAGCCUCGUCACACCUUGGCAUUUUCGGUUCUCUGAUCAAGCUGCUCAUCGACGACCACGAAGUGAUACAAUUAUAGCGCCAGUAGUAUAUAUGCAAUACGUAUUAGCUGAAUUCGUUGACAAUUUUAAAAUCAGGAUAUAUCAAAAGGCCAGAAAGAAUAGUAGUGGUAGUAAUAAUAAUAAUAACAAUAAUAAUAAUAAUACUUGUAAGAGAAAAACAAUAGUGGAAACGAAAAAAUUAUGACAUAGACUCAAACAGUCAUAGAUAUAGGCUCAAAAUUGACGAACUCAAUGGGAUCUAGCUCAGCAGGAAGGCCAACAGUGGCCUAAACAGCAACCUUAUUGUUUUUAGACGCUAUUAGUCAUAAUCAAAUUCGAGGUCCUUCCUUCUGGGCUUUCAACCGAUAACACAAAGGGAACGAUUCGUUGUGACGGGGCGUAAUGCCAUUGUGCGUGUACACGUGGUCUGUACAUAAAAUAAAAAGUAGUAGUUUUUGUCAAGUCUUUUUAACAAAACACCUAACUUCAAGUGAGCUGAAAAUGUAAUCGGGAUGUAAAUGGGGAAUAUCCUGCGAGGAGCGGACAAAGGGGAGGAAUGUAUUGGCAGGUACGCAAAAAUAAAGCAAAACUAUACCGUUGUCCAGUACGGUUGUCACAGCUUAGUUAGUGCGCGUGGCAGGUAGUGGCAAAUAUAUAUAUACAUAUGCAUAUACAUAAAUAUAUAUUUAUACAUAAAUCUGUGUAUUAAGUGGGUACCUAUGAAGGUAAAUAGCCAUACUGAUACGCCAGCUAGUUGGCAUUUGGUUGCAAUUGAGCGGCGCCGCCUUAAUGUUGGGAGCACAAAUGGGUCAAUAAGAAAAAACGAAUGAAGAGGCGAAUCAAGGACAAAUAGAUAUUUGGGAAAUGCAAAACUGAUGGAAAAAACCCUGUAAAUGGAAAAUAUAAUGAGGAAACGCAUAAACAUUGUAUAUGAGUUCACAUUAUAACGAGAAAUUCUAAGAAGAGACAAACAUAUAAACGCGCAUACACAGACAGCUAAAAAGAUUUUAGAAAAGCAGCUUACACAGAGUCAGUAUGAAAACGAAUACAUAAU